AUGGAACAAGUUGCAGAAGUUGCGGACAAUGCAAGGACUACCUGCAGCUCGCUGUUAAGUCUCCCUUGUGUUAAAGAAACAAUCUCGGGGUGGAAACAUAAUAUCCUAAAUAUGGAUAAGGACCAGAUGACCUUAACCUUGGGUAUCAUGAUGGUUGCUCUAACAUCAGGCGUUGUCUCUGGCGUUAUUGUGAAGAAUGGAGAUUCCCUUGACAUCCUAGGAGAAGACGAAUCCAAUGAGGAGGAGACCAAAAAUAAAAAAGAAUUCCCAGAAAAAUCCGAAGAGUGGAAACAAAAGGAAUGGAAGAACUGGAUGAAGAAAUUGGAACAAGACUGGGAAAUAUUCAACGAACAGCUAGAAAAUGAAAAUAAUAAACUUAUAGAAGAAAAAGAGGAAGAAUGGAACACAUGGUUAAAAUCGAUAGAGAAAAAAUGGACCCACUUUAACCCUAACAUGGAUAAAGAAUUUCACAGCAAUAUGAUGAAGAGGUCCAUAAAUUGGACUGAGCCUCAGUGGAGAGAAUGGAUCAAAACGGAAGGAAGACUAUACCUCGAUAUUGAAUUGAAGAAAUGGUUUUUCCAAGAGAAAUUUCCUCCAGACGAAUUAAUUGUCAAGAGAUGGAUUCAAUGGAAAAAAGACAGAAUCGUGGACUGGUUAAUGUCUGACUGGAGACGAGCAGAAGAAGAACACUGGGAAGAGUUUGAAGAUAAGUCAUGGUCUUCCAAAUUAUUUCAAUUUUCUGAGAAAAAAAACUAUAAAGUUUUUAAAGAGAGAACCAGAGACGAAUGGGACGAAUGGUUCGAUUGGGUAAAAACGAAAGAUAGUAUUUUCCUUACCAACAUUGUAGACCAGUGGGUAAAAUGGAGGGACGAAAAGAUCCUUCUGUACAACCAAUGGGCUGAGUCCUUUACCACCAAUUGGAUAAACAAGAAACAGUGGACCGUGUGGGUAAAUGAAAGAAGAGACCUAGCCGCAAAAGCGAAAGCUGCAUCAAAUAAAAAAAAUUAG